CCUGAUUUAACAACUUUGAAAAGAGACAGCAACAGCAUAAUGCUUUAGGAAGAAGACUGUAUCUGCACGCGCUUUACAGCCUAAACACAGAUUCUCUCUCUCCCUCUCUCUCUCUCUCUCCCUCAAAGCUUCUUCCUUUUUCUUCCUUCCCUUCUCAUAACUCACAACUGAACUACUCGGCUGUGUUCUGGUGUUCUGGUGUCCUGCUCCAUCCUUCGAGUGCUGGGAACAAAUGGCCUUGGUUACAACUGCUGAAGUUUGCGAUGCGCACUCUCAGUUGAUUGGGAGUGGUGAUCUUCGGGUGCUUGAGCCAAUAUUCCAGAUAUAUGGCCGGCGACAGGUCUUCUCUGGACAAAUAGUUACCUUAAAGGUGUUUGAAGACAAUGUCCUCGUUCGUUCCUUUCUCGAGGAGAAAGGCAAUGGAAGAGUUCUUGUUGUGGACGGAGGUGGAAGCAAGCGGUGUGCAAUAUUGGGAGGCAACCCUGUGGUUCAAGCUCAGAAUAACGGCUGGGCAGGUAUAGUGGUCAAUGGCUGCAUAAGAGAUGUCGACGAGAUUAACGGUUGCGACAUUGGCGUGAGAGCUCUGGCGGCCCAUCCCAUGAAAGCCAACAAGAAAGGGAUCGGCGAGAAGCAGGUACCAAUAAGCAUUGCCGGGACAAGGAUCUGUGACGGGGAAUGGCUUUAUGCAGACACCGAUGGAAUAUUGAUUUCUCGUACCGAGUUAUCUGUCUGAAUCUUAAGCACACCAUUUGGAAGGAAAACUUGUUUCCUGCAACCGUUGUAUACAACACGCUGUUGCACGAAAUGUAUGUCUUUCUUUGUUUCAAUUGCUAAGCUGUUGUGUCUUUGCCUCAUUUUCCAAAUUUCUACUGUAUUAAGCAAAAUUACGUGAUAUCGAACUCUUAACUAUGUUUUAGUUGGUUUAUCAAUAAUGAUAAUCUUUUGAUCAGUAAA